CUUUACCUUCUAAACUGCAUACAGAGAGAGAGCCUACACUUCUACAGCCAUGAUGACUGGUGUUCUGAAGAUGCUGUGCGUUCUGCUCUGUGCAGUGUUCACUUCUGCUGAUGUCAUGCCCAUGACUGACUUCAACCUGGAAAAGAUGGGAGGAAAGUGGUAUCUCAUUGGCUUUGCUACGAAUGCAAAAUGGUUUGUCAGUCACAAGGCUAACAUGAAGAUGGGAACUGCCAUGAUGGUGCCUACCGAGGACGGAGACCUUGAUCUCACUUGCACUAAUCUGAAAAGUGAUGGUUCCUGCUGGAGACUGACACACCUCGCCAAGAAAACCGAGACGCCGGGACGUUUCGUCUUCUACAGCCAGCGUUGGGGAAAUGACAAUGACAUGCGUGUGGUUGAUGCCAAAUUUGAUGAGUACGCUCUGGUGCACGUGAUCAAGACCAAGGGAGAUGUUUCUGAGGUUCUCAACAAACUCUUGAGUCGUACCACAGACAUUUCGGAUGACUUGAAGGAAAAGUUCAGGCAGUUCUCUCUGGACACUGGCAUCCUUGAGGAAAACAUUGCCAUACUGCCACCAAAUGGAGAAUGCUCAGUUGCCUAAGCGUCUCAACCAAAAGACCAAAGAAAGACAAAGACAUCUUCUGCUGGUCCGAUCAUUUCACCUAGAAACAGAAGUGAAUUUGCUGGCCUUCUGUCUGCUUGGUUUUCAUCUCUUUCUUUUUGUACGGAAGCAUCAGUUUUUCUUUUUGCCUUAAGCAGUUAUGUUGUGCUCACAAUGAUAAUCCAAUUUGCAACUACAGAGCUUAUCCAAGAAUCUCUCAAGCCAGGGGGAAAGAAUGGCAAAGUAUUACCUUAUUCAAAUUAUGCAUUUUUAUAAAUUGAACUCAGUUUUUGAUGUUUCUGUACGUUUCAUGACCAAUAUGGGAUUCCUGUAAACAAAUUUUUAUAAACAGUGCUUUUUAA